UAUUAACCAAUAAGACGAUGACACAUCAGAGUUUUACCACACUUAACGACAUCCCUAAUGUCUCACUAAUUACAAUCAAAUCAUUAACUGCCACGUCAACAGUAACGCUCAACUCUCGAGAAACUUCACACGAACAAACUGCGUGGUUUUCAACUUUGCUGACGUUUUUACCUCGUUGUCAGUGCCCCUUUAGGCCCGAAACCCGACAACCGAGGCCCUUCUAGAAACCUUCAGCACCGCUUUUGUUCCCCUUCACCGAGUUAUCCUCACACUAAUCCCAAUUUCAUUUCUAAGUAAUCCAAUUCCAAUGCCGCCAUCUCCGCCUGAACCGGUGAUGGCAGUGGCGGCGCCGCCGACCACCAUGGUAGCCCUUGAGAAUUCGAAGCCAAUUCCAACAUUAGCUAUUGCAAUUCCAGUGGUAACGGUGGCGGUGGCACCACCAACAGCGAUUGCAAUGAUUCCGAUGACACCUCCUCCGCCUGAGGGGAUGGUCACAGUGGCAGUGGCGGCACAGGAGACGACCACAGUGAUUGAGAAAUCAACGCCAGCACUUCCAGAGAGGCAGAGACUGACGCCGUUCCUUUUAAAGACCUACCAGCUUGUGGAUGAUCCGGCCUUCAAUGAUGUGAUCUCAUGGAACACUGAGGGCUCAGCCUUCGUCGUUCGGCGCCCGGUCGAGUUUGCUCGUGAUCUCCUCCCUAAAUUUUUCAAGCAUUGCAACUUUUCCAGUUUCAUUCGCCAGCUCAACACCUAUGUGAGUUUUUGAUCCUAUUCUUUCAACUUUUCUUCAAAUUUUUUAGGGGU